UGCGCGCUUCCUGCUCUGCCGGGCGGCCCUGCAGCAGCCAGGGCUGCGGUGAGCCCUGGCCCUGCCGGCCCCCGAGCACUGCGGCUCUGCCCCCGCUGCCCCGCCGGAGGGGUAGCCCAUCAUAGGCAUUGGGUGGAAAAGACGGCGGUUGGGAUAACAUUUGCCUCAUGUGCCGUGCGACUUGCCCUGCCCAACGUCUGUUUGACUUAACGCUCUGUGGGAUUUCAAGAUAGUGUACACCUGAAGGGUGCUUGGACAAAGCUAAGACACCUGUUAACUUGAGUCAAGCUGCAAUUCUUCUGAAAAGUUAAGCAUUUUCUUCCUGGAUGCUGGGAAAAGAUCCUGCUUUCAGGUUGUCAGAGAUGGUGAUUUGAAGAAUCAUAUUUCCGAUAUGAACAACGCAAAAGCAUCAUCUGAAAAAAGUGUUUCUGGCAAUUCUCGGACUAUAUACCUGCUGUCACAGCUGGAGAAGAUCAAUUUGGACUCUGUAUUAGGAGAAUCAGACAGUGCCAGAUAUGUUACCUCAAAGAUCCUUCAUCUGGUCCAGAGUCAAGAAAAAACCAGGAAGGAGAUGACUUCUAAGAGCUCCACAGGAAUAGAAAUUAUCCUGUCAACCCUAGAGAAUACAAGAGAUCCUCAAACUAUUUUAAAUAUAUUGAAUAUUCUCAUUGAGAUAGUCUCAGUUGGUGGUGGUCGGAGAGCAAGUGUCUUAGUCACCAAAGGAGGGACACAGAUCUUGUUACAACUGCUUUUGACUGCCAGCAAAGACUCUCCACCAAAUGAAGAACUAAUGGUGCUUCUUCAUACUCUUCUUGCAAAAAUUGGUCCAAAAGACAAGAAGAUUGGCAUGAAAGCAAGAAUAAAUGGUGUCCUAAACAUAUCAUUGAAUUUAGUGAAGCAUAAUUUGCAGAACCACAGGCUAGUAUUGCCAUGUCUUCAAGUAUUAAGAGUUUAUUCAACCAACUCUGUAAAUGCAGUAUCUCUGGGAAAGAACGGAGUAGUAGAACUGAUGUUUAAGAUUAUUGGCCCUUUUAGUAAAAGGAACACUAGCCUUAUGAAGGUUGCUUUAGACACACUUGCUGCAUUGCUAAAAUCAAAAACAAAUGCCAGGAGAGCAGUAGACAGAGGAUAUGUGCAGGUGCUUAUAACGAUUUAUGUUGAUUGGCACCGUCAUGAUAGUCGACACAGAUACAUGCUGAUACGUAAAGGAGUGUUACAGUGCAUUAAAAGUGUUACAAACAUCAAACUGGGAAGAAAAGCAUUUAUUGAUGCUAAUGGGAUGAAAAUUCUUUACAACACUUCACAGGAGUGCCUUGCAGUAAGAACUCUUGAUCCUCUUGUCAAUACAUCCAGCCUAAUAAUGAGAAAAUGUUUUCCCAAAAAUCGUCUUCCUUUACCAACUAUUAAAAGUGCUUUCCAUUUCCAACUCCCAGUUAUUCCUGCCAGUGGUCCUGUGGCUCAGCUGUACAAUUUGCCUCCUGAUGUGGAUGAUGUAGUAGAUGAAAGUGAUGAUAACGAUGAUGCUGAAACAGAAUCAGAAAUUGAAACUGAAAUUGAUGAUGACAAGGACCAACAUUUUAAGAAUGAUGAUAUUGAGACUGAUAUUAAUAAACUGAAACCUAGACAGGAAUUGGGAAGACCCAUAGAAGAACUGAAAAUGUAUGAGCAAUUUUUCCCAGAACUUUCAGAAAACUUUCAGGAAUGGGACUUAGUUCCCAAGGAACCAAAGCCUUUUGUACCUGAUGCAAAUUUGAGUGGACCUAUUGUUGUUCCUACAGCCAGUGAGGAGCACUCUACUGAAACAAACACAUCAACAAAAGGAGUUGCUUUAAAGGAGUGCAAUCCUUUAUUGACAGAGGAAUGCAAUAGAAGGCCAGUGUUUCUGGAACUACCAAAGAAAGAGAGCAUGAAAGGCAGUAGUUUACAUCACCAAAAUGAUCAAAGAAACAUGCUUCCUUCAUGCCAAUGUCUAAGCCAAGAAAUUGUGAAAGGCUUGGACAGAAUCAGUCUCCAGAAUAGUGCAAAAAAUGAUCAAUAUUAUGGUACAGGAUGUGUCGUAAAGAAGGAAAGCAAAGCUAACAUUACUACACUUGCUUGUAGUAAACCCUGUGAGCAUGUUUCACCCUGUGGAAGUAGUCUCUUUGAAGGAUCAUCUGUCCAGCUGGGAAAACUCUGCUGCACUGGAGUGGAUUCAGAGGAGGAGGACGAUUCUAGAUCUAGUUCAUCAGGAGAGCAUACCAUGCUUCAAGUUUCUGAUGUAUCACCAGUUCAUGACUGUGAUCUUUAUCUUGAAAUGGUGAAGAACACAAAGUCUAUUCCGGAAUACUCAGAAGUGGCCUAUCCAGAUUAUUUUGGCCAUAUUCCACCCCCAUUUAAGGAACCUAUUCUGGAAAGGCGAUAUGGGGUGCAGAGGACAAAAAUCUGUCAAGAUAUUGAAAGGCUGAUUUAUCAAAAUGACAUUAUAGAUAGAGUUGUGUAUGACCUUGAUAAUUUGAGUUGUUCUAUACCAGAGGAAGCAGAUGUUUUGAAGUUUAAUUCCAAAUUUGAAUCUGGAAACCUACGGAAAGUUAUUCAGAUCAGAAAAAAUGAGUACGAUCUAAUUCUGAACUCAGAUAUAAAUAGCAAUCAUUAUCAUCAAUGGUUCUACUUUGAAGUCAGUGGAAUGAAAACUGGCAUUGGUUACCGGUUUAACAUCAUCAACUGUGAAAAGUCAAACAGUCAGUUCAACUAUGGUAUGCAGCCCCUCAUGUAUUCUGUUCAGGAAGCACUACGUUCUCGACCAUAUUGGACUCGUGUUGGGACAGAUAUUUGUUACUACAAGAAUCACUUUUCAAGAAGUUCAAUUGCUGCUGGGGGCCAGAAAGGAAAAUCCUAUUACACAAUUACAUUCACAGUGACUUUCCAUCAUAAAGAUGAUGUAUGCUACUUUGCUUACCAUUAUCCAUAUACAUACUCAACUUUAAAGAUGCAUCUUAGGAAGCUGGAAUCUAUGCACAACCCUCAACAGAUAUAUUUUCGGCAAGAUGUUCUCUGUGAGACCCUGGCUGGCAACAGCUGUCCAUUAGUCACUAUUACAGCCAUGCCAGAGUCCAAUUACUAUGAACAUAUCUGUCAGUUCAGGAAUCGUCCUUAUAUAUUCCUGUCUGCUCGUGUGCAUCCUGGAGAGACUAAUGCAAGCUGGGUUAUGAAGGGAACACUGGAAUACCUUAUGAGCAAUAGUCCAAAUGCACAGUGUUUACGGGAAUCUUAUAUUUUCAAAAUUAUUCCCAUGCUCAAUCCAGAUGGUGUCAUCAAUGGAAACCACCGUUGCUCUUUAAGUGGAGAAGAUUUAAACAGACAGUGGCAAAAUCCAAAUCCAGAUCUGCAUCCCACUAUUUACCAUGCUAAAGGGUUACUGCAAUAUCUGGCUGCUAUAAAACGUUUGCCUUUGGUCUACUGUGAUUAUCAUGGUCAUUCUCGUAAAAAGAAUGUAUUUAUGUAUGGCUGCAGCAUCAAAGAGACAAUGUGGCACACAAGCGUUAAUGCUGCCUCUUGUGACCUGAUGGAAGACCCUGCUUACAGGGCACUCCCCAAGAUCCUGAGUCAGACUGCCCCCGCAUUCUGCAUGGGCAGCUGCAGCUUUGUAGUGGAAAAAUCCAAGGAAUCUACAGCACGAGUUGUUGUCUGGCGAGAGAUAGGAGUACAAAGGAGCUACACAAUGGAAAGCACAUUAUGUGGAUGUGACCAGGGCAAGUAUAAAGGAUUGCAGAUAGGUACAAGAGAACUGGAGGAGAUGGGAGCAAAGUUCUGUGUUGGCUUGCUGCGUUUAAAAAGAAUGUCCUCACCUUUGGAAUACAACCUGCCUUCUAGUCUGUUGGAUAUUGAAAAUGAGCUCAUUGAGUCAAGCUGUAAAGUGACAAGCCCCACUACAUAUGUUUUGGAUGAAGAUGAGCCUCGCUUCCUUGAAGAAGUUGAUUACAGUGCAGAGAGUAAUGAUGAAGACGUUGAAUUAGCUGAUAAUGUGGGUGAUUAUGAGGCAACUAAUCAAGAUGAUGGACUUUGAGACCCAGAUUCAACAACAAUACUCCUUUCUUGAACCAGCUUUGCUGCCAGUAACAGAAAAUAAAGUAUCCUGCAUUUCCAAUCACAUACUUCCUUGCUGUUUUCUACAAAGGGGAUAAGCUUCAGUUAACACAUAUAACUGGGGUCUGCACAGCUCAAGGACAGUAAAUAUUUCUGAUAAAUUUACAUUUGUUUUAUUUAAGGAGUUCUGUGUAUUCUUGAAGCCCUAUAUAGAUAAAUUUAUUUACCAGUUCAUUUUCUACUAAAUACUACUGCAUGGCAUUUUGUGUCCUUAAACCCUAACUUCAGAGAAAUGGAUUAUAAUUUUUAGUGUGUCAGAGUACAGAAAAUAAUUUUUUGUGGUACAGUUCUUUGAGUUGCAUCCUGAAAAAUAUGUAUGUACAGAUUUUCUAAAUUAAUUUGUGUAUGUCUGUGUAUAUGCGCGUGUGUAUACUGAGGUGAAGAGGUUAUUUUUCGACAUUAUUUCAAUGAUACUUGAUUGUGUUUAAAGCAAUGUAGUGCCUGCUCUGAAACAAUUCAAUAAUUACUAAAUUAAAAAUGAGAACAUGAUGUAUUAA